AACCGGGUCACAUGGCCCGCGGGACAACAUGGCUGCGCCCGCACUAGGGCUGGUUUGUGGACGCUGCCCUGAGCUGGGUCUCGUCUUCUUGCUGCUGCUGCUCUCGCUGCUGUGUGGAGCGGCAGGGAGCGAGGAGGCCGGGACCGGUGAGGGCGCGGGGUCCCUCGCGGGUUCUUGCGGCUGCGGCACGCCCCAGCGGCCUGGCGCCCAUGGCAGUUCGGCAGCCGCUCACCGAUACUCGCGGGAGGCUAACGCUCCGGGCCCGGUACCCGGAGAGCGGCAACUCGCGCACUCAAAGAUGGUCCCCAUCCCUGCAGGAGUAUUUACAAUGGGCACAGAUGAUCCUCAGAUAAAGCAGGAUGGGGAAGCACCUGCGAGGAGAGUUACUAUUGAUGCCUUUUACAUGGAUGCCUAUGAAGUCAGUAAUACUGAAUUUGAGAAGUUUGUGAACUCAACUGGCUAUUUGACAGAGGCUGAGAAGUUUGGCGACUCCUUUGUCUUUGAAGGCAUGUUGAGUGAGCAAGUGAAGACCAAUAUUCAACAGGCAGUUGCAGCUGCUCCCUGGUGGUUACCUGUGAAAGGCGCUAACUGGAGACACCCAGAAGGGCCUGACUCUACUAUUCUGCACAGGCCGGAUCAUCCAGUUCUCCAUGUCUCCUGGAAUGAUGCGGUUGCCUACUGCACUUGGGCAGGGAAGCGGCUGCCCACGGAAGCUGAGUGGGAAUACAGCUGUCGAGGAGGCCUGCAUAAUAGACUUUUCCCCUGGGGCAACAAACUGCAGCCCAAAGGCCAGCAUUAUGCCAACAUUUGGCAGGGCGAGUUUCCGGUGACCAACACUGGUGAGGAUGGCUUCCAAGGAACUGCGCCCGUUGAUGCCUUCCCUCCCAAUGGUUAUGGCUUAUACAACAUAGUGGGGAACGCAUGGGAAUGGACUUCAGACUGGUGGACCGUUCAUCAUUCUGUUGAAGAAACGCUUAACCCAAAAGGUCCCCCUUCUGGGAAAGACCGAGUGAAGAAAGGUGGAUCCUACAUGUGCCAUAGGACAGAAUCUCGCUCUGUUGUUCAGGCUGGAGUGCAAAUGACACGAUCUUGGCUCACUGCAACGUCCACCUCCCAGGUUUCAAGCAAUUCUCCUGCCUCAGCCUCCACUCUGAGUAGCUGGGAUUACAGGUGCGUGCCACCAUGCCCAGCUAAUUUUUAUAUUUUUGGUAGAGAUGGGGUUUCACCAUGUUGGUCAGGCUGGUCUCAAACUCCUGACCUUGUGAUCUGCCAGCCUUGUAGCUUCUAAUUUUUGAGUGGGGUGAUUGUAUGGCAAUACUAAGCUAGGUUACAGGGUAUUCAAUUUUUCAUACCACUGUAGAGUUAGGAAAGGGAGCUCAACGGGAAGAGCCGUUUCGGGGACAGAGACCCAUGAUAGUAAUUCUUUCAGAAUGCUUUUACAUCUAUCCAAAAGCUUUGGAAUAUUAAUUUUUUAAAGUAGAAAGACACAGAAAAUAAUAAUUUCUGGUUCUUAAUCUUUGCCUAAAGCUGAUGACAUUUUUGUGCUGUGCCAACAGGGAGAUUCUGUCCAUGCAUAGUUUUUUCCCUUGUCAGUACGUUUGCUUACUGCUCAGAUGUACUGACAGAAAUUAGGAAACUGCUAUCUAUGUACCAGUGAUGAAGCAAUUAAGAACUUCAUUUAUAUUAUUGUAUAUUCGUCACCUUCCCUAGGUGUUUUCUGGUGAGGUAGUUCUAAAUGGUCAUAGACCUAGAUUGCAGAUAGCAGGUGCCUGAACUCUCUGGGGUCAUUAUUUUGCCUUUGCAUGGGAUCAUCUUUAAAUUUUUCAUACCACUGUAGAGUUAGGAAAGGGAGCUAAAAAGAUGAGCAGAAGAGAAGUAUGGAUGUCAGAGCAGUAGCAUUAAUUAUCCAAAUCUACGAAUUAUCAGAAAGCUUACAAAAUAUUCUAUUUCCCUAUAUUGGAAGAUUUACUAAUUUACUUUAAGCUUUGCUUGGUUGAUAAUAAUAGAAUUUUCUAAGCACAAACAACUAGCUAAUGCAGAACUAACAAGAUGACAAGGAAAAGCACUAUAUUCUUUGAAUCUAUUGUUCCUAAACUGCACUGAGGCACCUUGGGACUCCAAAGGGAAUACUGUAGUAUAUUUUAAAUAUUCAAGGGAAACAGUGAUACUCAAUGUCUGUGCAAAUUACUAGCUCUAGGUAGGUCAUGGUUUCAACAUUAGAUUGUGCCACGUUCCUUUUGGUGAGGUCCUAUCUUUGUGAAGCUGUGUUUUUGGUAAUUGCUGUAAUACUAAGCAAAUACCAGUGAAAAUCAAUGUGGAAUGAGAAAUGAGAGUGACAGCAUCCAAUCUGAUUCCAAAGUUAGAAGGUUGUGCGGUGACCAACAGGCACACACAUCCCAUUAGUAAGAAAAUGUGUGAAAGAUUUUUUUUUUUUUUUUUACAAUUUAUAUUCAUUAUUCUUCUAAAUGGCUAUUUGGAAAAUAAAUGUUUAUUAAGUUUUUUGAAUCUAAUGGAACUCUUAGGCAUUUGCUUUGGCUUGUAGACAUCAUGAAAAAAUUAGACACAGAAGGUCACCACAGACCAAAACAGUUUGGCAAACUACAGUUUAAACAAAUUUAAAAUAUUAUAUGUGGUGGCCUUUUUUCUUAAAAGCUUUUGCAAUUUUUUUCUCCAUUACUUAAUCUAAAUGUGCAGCUGUAACCACAGACUUGUUUCAAAAAUAUCUUUUCUGUUUCUUCCAGCUUUCCUCCUCUUCCCCACUCCCCUACCGGAGGAAAUAGUAGCAACCUAGUAUGUGUCAUAUUUAAUAAUUUAUUCAAAUGUGCAAGGCUGGGAAGGGUCACUGCUUUAUGAAAAUAGGAUCAUAGUAUUGCAUUGCAUCUUGCUUUUUUAGCCUAUCUGGUACAUUUCUAAUUUUUUCACGGAAAAUUUUAUUUAGUAAUCUUAGUGCUUUCUAAUUUUAAAAGCAUUUUAUACAUAUUGUGGAAACAUUAGAAGAGAAAUAUGCAAAAAGAAAAAAGUUAAAAUCACUCAUAACUAUUAAUAUUGUGGUAUUGGAGCUUUUAAACUUUUUUAAAAAGUGUAUAAAAAAUGCCUUAGUGGCUGAUGCAUAUGUAUGUUUCCUUUCAUGAAAUAAAAAGCAAUACAUACUUGUAAAAAUUCAAUGAUCAUAAAAUACCUAAAGUGAAAGUCCUCUCACUUCUAUCCCUCAAAGUUAAUUUCUAGAACUUUUUCAUUGCAUAUAUAAACAUCCAUAUAUACAUAUAUACUUUUUUCCCUUUCCAAAAUUGAAUUAUUUCAUGUUAGUACAAUCUGUAAGCUAUCUCAUUCUUUUUAGUGGUUGUAUAAAAUUCCAUUGGACAUAUCUACUAUAAUUUAACCUAUUUCCCUAAUGGUGAGAUUUCUGGUUGCUUAUAGGUUUUCAUAUUACAAAUAAUGUCUUAAUGAAUAUCCUUAUGUGAGUAACAUGUGUUUUUAUAUGUAAAUGAGAGUAUUUGGUUGGUUAUAAUGCUGGAAGUAGAAUUUUUACCCAAAUAAUGUUCUAUAUUUUACAUUUUGGUAGAUAGUACUAGGUUGUUUUCCAAAAAGGUGAACCAAUUUGUAGUCUAAAUAAGUAGAGAAUUUUAUUUAUAUCAGUGAUCUUGUUUGUGGUUUUAAAUAUCCUCCCAGUUUUGAUGAACUAACAUAAUUUACAUUAAUUUUUCUAACACUUAUAAUACCAUCUGAGAUUUCUAUAUAUUCAAUAUCUGUGUUUCAAGUAAAUGAUCAUUUAUUGGCCUAUCAUAUAUAAUUAGCUGGGUUAAUUUUAUUUUUGACCACUUUUAGUUCAUGGAGCUUAGCAAAUAUCAUU